AUGCCUCCCUCCGUCGACGGCAAGUCAAAGCGUGACAGAGACAAUCGACGGCCGCCGCAGCCGCAGCCGCGAGGCCCGCCGAUGAACGGGCUGCUGCCGCCCAUACGCAACGCCCCUCCGCCCACGCCGGUAGUCAAGGCACCCGACAGCUCGGCGGAGGAACUGCUGCUGCUUAAAAACCUCCUGCGCAAACAGCAGGACCGCUUGAAGGAGCGCGCGGAGCGCUCGGCGCACAGUUUGGAGAAAGCGCGGGAGACCAACUCCGACCACGCCUCCUCCGGCCUGGGCGAAUCGGUGCCGACGCCGCAGUCCGUUCCCGAGAAGCUGCCGCUGAGCGUCGAUGGCGCCCGCUACAGCUCGAAUCACUUUCUCCCUUCCGUGCCACUGCCUCCCAGCCAGCAGCGGGAGACAGAGGCGGAGCCGCAGGAAAGGAAACCCCCGGUGGAGAAUGAAGAGGAGAAGGAAAUUCGCAAGCUGGAGGAGGAUCUAGACCGGCGCCACUCACGCAUGAACCGCCUCCAAAGUGAGAUGGCGCGUUCCUGGAGGGAGCCCCAGCGUCAAAAGGCCGCCUCCCUCUCCCCACCGCCACCGCUUGUGAUGCAGGCCAACACCGAGCGGGAUAUUAUUGAACUGGCCACGUUGGUGUACAAUUUCGCCGAUUUGAAGCAGAAGCAGGAGGGGGGGCAAGGUGCGUCUGGCGCCCUUGUCUCUCCGUCGCAAUUGGACGCCUCCUACAUGUUUGACCCUGGCCGAGCCUCGUUCAUGUCCACCGCGCUGGACCCGGAGCUCUCCAUGAACAGCAUAAACUUGGGACGGAUGUCCAUGCGCUCAAGCAGCGUUCUCCGCCUCACGGAGGGCACUCUUGCCCUUAUGGACUCAUUGGCCAAUCAACGCGACGUCGUCCUCCCGUCCCCCAGCGAGAUUGGAAUGGUGCGCAGCGGCGACGUUCUCUCCGCAAACAACAUUCUCGUUGUGGACCUGCAGGAUGCACUGCGGAGUCACAAGGGGCCUACCGGCAUCGUCGCCGGAGCCCCGUACUUUCGCAUGGUGCCAAGGUUAAACGUGGCCGGUGUUGCCCAACCGAACAUUAGCGCCAUAAAAACAAUUGUGAACGGGCUUCGUCGGGUCUACGAUGGUGCGGUUGUGUGGGUAAAUCUUCGCGAGGAGCCUCUUAUUUAUAUCAAUAACCAGGCACACAUUGUUCGCGAUCGGAAGGAUCCGCUGACACCGAUGAUCAUCCCAAACGUCACCGGCCGCAGCAUCGCGCAGAUUGAGGAGAAGCUGAAGCAGGAAGUAUUACAGGAGGCGCGUGAAAACGGUGGAAACGUGAGUGUGCACGUACAGGGGGGGAAUGGCGUCAUGGAGGAUCAGUGGGAAAGCGCGGAUGUGGGAAAUGUGCUGACGUUGCAGGACGCCUUUAACUUGCUGCGAAAAAAUGUGGUCUUUUUCCGUCGCCCCAUUACGCGUAAUGUUGGGCCGCAACCACCGGACUUUGAUUUCGUGUUCAACACAUGUAUGGAGUACCCACGCGCGGUGGUGGCCUUCAACUGCCAAACAGGGCGAGGGAAGUCGAGUUCGCUGAUGAUGAUGGCUAGCAUUGUCCGCUUUUACCAAGUGUGUGGCCACGACGCCUCGUUGGAUGUCCGCCUACUGCGGAGUGAGGCCCACUGCUUCCGCUUCCGCACCAUCAAGAAGAUUAUCUCACUGCUCCCCGACGGCAAACUGCACGAGCGUCGGCUUAUGAUUCUGCUGGAGCUCUCCGACAAGAUGUACUCCAUCGCGGAGCACAUCUACGCCGCCUUUUACACCGGCACGGCCUCGGCGGAGGAGGCCAUGAUGCACCUGCAGCAGUACGCCUACUUUCUCGUCUUUUCGUACUACUGCGAGCAGCGGCUUUGGAACUUUAACAUCAAAGCCCCCUUCAGUGAGUGGCUCGCGGACAAUAACGAGUUGCGGCUCCUCAUUGACAGCAUCCGGUCGAUGGAAGAGGAGUUUAAGGAGGAGCGCAUUGUGGCCCCCGUUGCGCAGGGAGAAGAGGCGUGGGCCGCCGGUAUUGUGCGCCGCCGCCGCGGCAACGUGCUGAGUGCCGGCCGCAUCCUGUGCAGUUUGCCCAUGGCCUCGGACAGCGUGAAUCAUGUCAACGCACUGCGGCAGCUGGCACCGGAUGUCCCCAUCUUCACCUGCGGGCGGUUGUCAGAGGCUGGCCGCCUCUCGCUGAUGUCGGAGUUGGCGCAGCACUUCUCAGAGCAGAAAAAUAUUCUCUGGCUGAGUCUUCGCGCGGAGCCGAUGGUGUUCAUCAACGACGUCAGCUACACCUUGUCCGACUACGACACGAUCUCCAGCAACACGGCUGAGCUGGCGUCGACCAUGCAUGUGUCUCUAAAUGCCAUGGAGCAAAUGGAGGAGCGCCUGCGCCGCGAUGUCCUUUUAGAGGCGCAGGAGCAGAAGGGUGUGAUACUGCUGCAUCACAUUGAAGAUAAUAACGCUCGCUCCACGCUGCGCGUCAAGGUGCGUUCCGUCUGCACCCCCAAGCUCACCAUGGCGAAUUUCGCGGAGAAGUUCGGCAUCUCAUACCACCGCAUUCCUAUUCCAUACGCCGGUCAAAUGUUGGCCUCCGACGUGGAUCCCUUUUUGGAGUACUUGAGUAAGAGCUGCGCCGAGCAUGACGUGUUCAUCAUCAACGAUAGCGAGGGCUCCACGCGUACCACCGUUGCCCUAAACCUGCUCACCCUCUACCGGGCCUCGCGGGUGCGGAACCUGCGCAUGAUUACCACCCCGGAGGAGUUUAAGGAGGUCCUGCGCGUUGGCCACGACGGGGUGGUGCUGCCCUCCGCCCAUAUUUUAGACUCGCUCGCGGUGAACCCAGACGAGGUGCCGGCGACGCCAAUCGUACUGCAGGUGGCGUCCACCAUAUGCCAAAUGCUCACCGCGGGCUCCCUGCUCCGCGUCGUGGAGGCGGCCCUCACCCUUGGGGGGCGCGGCACACGAUGGAACCUUCUGCACAUGCUAAACCGCUACAAGUUGGAGAUGUUGGAUUCCAUCAACAAGACGAAGAGCACACGCAAUGCGGUUCGCUCGGUACGCACCUAUCUGCUGGUGCUACUCAGCGCCAUCUACAUUGACUCCGUGGGCGACUACAGCGCGGAAGAGCCCUUUAGUGACUGGGUGGAGAAGCGGACGGAGGUGGCAAACAUCAUUGAAAAUCUUGAGCAGCGCCCCGAGCAGUCCAUCAAGUACAUGGAGGCCCGUCCGUCCGUCAAGGAAGGAUUCCCCAACCGCAACGGAGAUGUGUUGACGGCAAACUUUGUGCUCAAGGCGGACCACUUUCCAGGGUGCCAGAAGAAGGGGUUGCGGCCGGAGUUGUGUGGCGCACCAAACUUCCGCAAGGUGGACGUGGUCAACGUCUAUGGCGUGGCGAUUCCCACCCUGCGGGGCAUAAACAACGUCCUCUCCCUGCUUGGGGCCUCGGCGGAGCCGCUGCAGACAUACCCAGGCGAGAGCAAUGACAAUGAGUUGCACAUUGGUUUUGCGGCACCGCGGCUCUUUGCGCCGCACUUUGUCCAGGAGGAACUCGCGAAGCCGUUGCGUGGCAGCGUUGUUUGGGUGAAUCUUCGCGAGGAGCCAAUUUUGUAUGUGGGCGAUCGGCCGUUUGUGCUUCGAAAUAUUGAUGCCCCGUACGUCAAUGUGGAGUUGACCGGCAUUGCGGCCCACAAGGCGGAGGAGGUGGAAAUUCAAAUGAGGAAAGAUGUGCUGAAGGAGGCGUCCCUGCAGGGCGGCAUGUUUCUCGUGAGCGACGAAGGCGAACCCGGUGAACUGGUUGGCAUAUGGGAGCCGGCAACGGAGGAAACGGUCAAGACGGUGCGAGACGUGUAUAAUGAGUUGGCGGCACGAGGCAUUCGUGUAACAAUGCUGCGACUACCCGUGACCGACGAGCAGAGUCCCGGCGUGGAUGACUUUGAUGGACUCGUCGCCGCCUUGCUUCCCAGCAUUGCCGCCCACAUGGAUCGUCGCGAGACGCUGUCGUUUGUAUUUAAUUGCCAGAUGGGGCGCGGCCGCACCACAACCGGUAUGGUGAUCUGCUGCAUGCUGAUUGGCCUCGUGAUACCGGAGUACUACGAUGAGCUAAACAACAGGUUUAACCCCCUUUACAAGCCAGAGGAAUCGCAGUUGUCGCGUGGGGACUACGGGUGCAUUGUGCAGCUGAAGCGAGUUCUCACGGGGGGACGCCAGGCAAAGCACCAGGUCGACCUCGUGUUGGAGGCUUGCAGCCAGAUGCAAAACCUCCGCACCGCGAUUGAGAACUUUGCGCUGCAGUUGAAGUCGCCAGACGUCACCGAGGAGCAGCGAGGGCGGGCACACCAUCACGGGGUGCACUACCUGCGUCGGUACUUCAACCUCAUCGUCUUCGCCGCCUACCUGCAGGAGGAGUAUAACCCUCUGAAGAGGGUCCUGCGCUCCACGUUCUCGGUGUGGCUGGGGCAGCGGCCCGAGCUGACGACGUUGUGCGACUCCGCAUCACUCAAGUAG